AUGCUCAAGAGCGCAGCCUUGAGUAGGAACGCAAGGAGUCGGGCGCGGUCGCUGCGAAAGGCUCUCGAAGCCAUGUCGGAUGCGAGAGAGUCUGGUCUUAUCGAGGUUAUCGAUUGUGCAAGAGGCGUCGACCCAAAAGAGUGUGCUUUUGUGGUGGAGGAUAGCGGGUGUGUCAGAAGGGUCUUCAAGCAAGGCCCUCAGUCGCCGCAAGCCAGCUAUGAGAUUGGCGGUCUUUUGGACUGGCUGGCCAUCGAGAAGGAGUUCUCCCGUCUGAUUUGA